CAAUAGCGCGGACACCCGCCCCCAGCCUGGCAGGUCGUUCCAGGGGCACACCUGUCUCUCCUCUGGUCCCUGCCGGCUCUCGGCCCGGGAGGAGAGCAGCGGCCUCUCCAUCCCGCCCGCCGCGGCUCGGCUCGCUGCCCGCGGCCGGGCCAUGCCCAGCGCUCCGCAGGCGCCCGCGCGGCGCCCCAUAGAGGCCCCCGAGCAAGGACCCCGCGCUGGCCGCGCCAUGGCGGCCGCCGGCGGGGACGCGGCGCAGGAUGGGUUACAUCCAAGGAAUCUUAUCCCAGAGCUUUGUAGGCUGUUUUAUGGUUUAGGCUGGGUAACAGGAACUGGUGGAGGAAUCAGCUUGAAACAUGGGGAUGAAAUCUACAUCGCUCCUUCAGGAGUCCAAAAGGAAAGAAUACAGCCAGAAGAUAUGUUUGUUUGUGACAUGAAUGAACAGGACAUCAGUGGUCCUCCACUGCACAAGAAACUAAAGAAAAGCCAGUGCACACCUCUUUUUAUGAAUGCCUACACUAUGAGAGGGGCAGGUGCAGUGAUCCAUACACAUUCCAAGGCUGCUGUUAUGGCUACCCUCCUUUACCCAGGGAGUGAGUUCUCUAUUACCCAUCAGGAGAUGAUAAAAGGAAUCCAGAAGUGUACUUCAGGAGGCUAUUACAGAUAUGAUGAUACACUAGUGGUUCCUAUAAUUGAGAAUACACCAGAAGAGAAGGAUCUCAAGGAGAGAAUGGCACGUGCAAUGGAAAAAUACCCAGACUCUUGUGCUGUGCUGGUCAGACGUCACGGUGUUUAUGUAUGGGGAGAGACGUGGGAAAAAGCCAAAACUAUGUGUGAAUGUUAUGACUACUUGUUUGAUAUUGCAGUGCAGAUGAAGCAGCACGGGCUAGAUCCUUCAAAACAUCCAGCAAGAGAAAAUGGGAUCUUGUAAAUGUCAACAACAUUUAUACUCAGGUUUCUUACAUGAUUAUGGGAUUCCAGCUUUCACCCCACACUAUUGAAGCCAGAAGGGGGUGCUGAUCCUCAGCUGAUUGACAAUUGAGAGCAGCAACUUUUAACUGUUAAAUGCACCCAAGAAUUAAAGGACAGUUAAAAAAAAAACAAAACAACUACUGAACAAUCAUUGCAAUUUCCAAGUCCUGUGGAAUGCCACAGUAGAAGGAAUGAAAAUUCAGAUGCAAAAAUACUUUGAGAAACUUUGGAGAACUAAUGUCCCAUUUUGCUUUUGUGCCUUAAAAAUUCAUAUUUCAACAACCUGCACUUGUUGAUCCUGCCCUAAUGCUACAUCAUUUAACUUGAAAUAAGUCUGCAUUUCUGAAAGUUAUUGUAGCCUUUAUUCUUCCAGAAAAAAGUGACGACAGCCCCUUAAUUAGAAGUUAAUAAAGUUUAAAGCAUUGUUUGAACUGUU